UGAAGAAAAUAUUGGCGUGCCAAGGACAUUUUCUCUCGAAAAAUAAUAAAAUUCCAAUAAACAAUAGUCAAUUAAGUUUUCAAUUACAAUUUCAAAUCGAAGCCUUGAUAGGCUGAAAAACUAUUCCUCUGCUUGACAUCGUGGAAGCAGAAUGCAAAGGAUCUUAACAAGAUGCACAUAAGAUCAGGAAGUCAGCUUUUAAGAAUUUUUUGCGGAAAUUCAUCGAACAACAGAUUAUCGAAUCUAAAGCGAUGUGCGAGAAGUCUAGCAGGUCCGCAAAAUCGUGCGUUGUUGUCGGUAGUACGACUCUGGCAAUUUUUUGCGCUGAGCAUGUUCGUGCUGCAGGUCAUGAAGUGCGGUCAGUCCUGGCAACGGAUAAAGCUUUCCAAGCUUGGGCAGCCCAAGAAGAUGUUCAUCAGGUGGAUUCAAUUGCAGUACUCGAAGAAGAGCUCAAGGAAGGACCGGUUGAUUGGUUGUUUUCGGUUGUCAAUCCAAUAAUUUUAUCUCCAUCGAUCUUUGAACGCGUGCGCGAAGGAGCGUUCAACUACCAUGAUAGUCCUUUGCCUCGUUUCGCAGGUACUCAUGCGACUUCAUGGGCUCUUAUGACCCAAGAAACACGAUACGCGGUAUCUUGGCACACUAUCACAGCCGUCGUUGAUGCCGGACAAAUAGCCAUACAAAAACCAGUAAGCAUCGAAUUACAAGAUACAGCGCUGUCAUUGAACCUCAAGUGCUAUCAGGCUGCCCGAGAGGGCUUUCGUGAAUUAGUCAUUCAAUUAGAGCAAGGUAGCCUAUCCCCAUGGCCGCAGGAUAUUUCUGAACGGAGUUUCUAUCGCCGUACGCGGCGACCCGAAGCAGGUGCAUACCUCGAUUGGAAGCACUCGGCGGAAACAUUGUCAGCAAUUGUGCGUGGACUAGACUUCGGCGAGUUGUAUUCGAACCCACUGACGCGUCCGAAACUCACAUUGGGUACAAACACUGUUCAAAUAAAGCGGAUUCAAAUUCUCAAACAAAAAUCAUGUAUGACGCCGGGGACUUUGAUUAACGUCAGCCCAGAGGGAUGGUGUAUAACUACGAGCACGAACGACGUUUGGGUCAACGAGUUUUCAACUCUGGAAGGUAGACCAGUUGAUCCCGAAAUCCUUGCUCAGGAUUUUAAGCUCAAACCAGGAACUCAGCUAGCAAAGCUGACUGCAGAACAAGCUGAGAAUGUUAGGAAGACACUUGAAAGACUUGCCCCGUUCGAAAACUUUUGGCACGAUCGACUACAAAGGAUACGGCCAAUUCACUUACCAUACGAAUCAUUAGCGGAAAUUGAUACAUGCCAAUGGAUGACUGGAACCUGGCGUGAACCCCUUCACUCGUGUGCGAGUAACCCGCGAUCAUCGAUUCUCGGGGUAUUCGUAAUUUAUGUAGCGCGACUCAUAAGACAAUCUCAAUUUCAGCUCGGCUGGAGGCGCGUACCGGUACAAGGCCUGAUACAAAGUCCGCAAAUUGUAGCUGAGAUAGUGCCGAUGGAAUGCAAUAUUGAUUUGGGUAGUUCGUUCCCAGAAAUCAUUGACCGCAUCGAACAAGAAAUCAUACUCAUCAAUAAAAAAAAGAGUUACCCAAAGGAUUUAGUGUCCCGUUAUCCUGUACUCCGAGCGAUACCAGCGCUAAACAGUGCUAAACCUUGGCGAAUCGUCAUAUCAGCAAUAGAUUCAUCGACAUUUGAGGAAGAGAAAGAAGCAGAUGGUGCGCUUAUGACAUUGCAAGUCGAUUCGCAUGGACGAUUCAGAUGGAUUUACGAUAGUCAACGUCUCGACCUUGAUUGUAUCGACCGCAUAUCUAAUCACUUACGAGAGCUUGCAUGGGCGACAGUAGCUAAGAAUGAUACACCCGCAGCACAGCUUAACAUGUUGCCUCCAUACGAGCGGCAACUUUUGAUAGAAACUUGGAACGAUACUGAUUCGCCUUAUCCCAAAGACACUUGCGUCCACAAACUAUUUGAACAACAGGUGCUUAACGCUCCUCAUGCGAUUGCUGUCGUCCAUAAGAAUGAAGAAAUUAGCUAUUAUCAGUUGAAUAUACGAGCGAAUCAGCUUGCACACAAACUCAAGGACCUUGGGGUAACGCAUGGCGACUUCAUUGCUACACUAUUCGAGCGUUCUAUCGAGUUAGUCAUUGCCCAAUUGGCAAUCGCUAAAGCUGGGGCCAUAUAUGUACCGCUAGAUCCCGGAGCUCCAUCGAAUCGUCACCGUUGGAUGGUGAAGGACUGUUCAGCACAGCUUCUGAUUACAAACAUCGAGAAUGUAUCGUUUGAAAUACCAGUAUUACAGCUAAACCAAAUCGAUAUCGAAAUAAUGUCAUCGGGAAAUCUGCUUACGCAAGGCUCAAGCCUUGAUACUGCUUAUGUGAUGUAUACAUCCGGCACAACAGGAACUCCCAAAGGUGUUUUGGUGCCUCAUCAGGGAAUCGCGCGACUAACUCUGAACAACGGCUAUGCUGAGAUUAAGCAGAACGAUCGAAUAGCCUUUGCGGCUAAUCCGGCAUUCGAUGCAAGCACAUUCGAGGUCUGGGGAUCGUUGCUUAAUGGCGCAACGUUGGUGAUCAUCGAUCGGAGAAGCGUUUUGGAUUCACAGUUAUUCUGUUUCACCUUACUAGCGGAGCGAAUCAAUGUUCUUUGGCUUACAGUUUGCCUUCUCAAUCAGUCUAUCGAUGCACUAACUACUGUAUUCCCACAAUUGGAUAUAUUGAUUGUAGGUGGUGAUACGAUGUAUUUUCAUGGGAUUGAUGCAAUGCUCACUCAUCAGUCUCCAAAAAAGGUCCUUAAUGCAUACGGAGUAACCGAAACAACUACUUUUGCAACGACCUACCGUAUCGGAGGAAUGGUCGAUGAAAAAGGUUCCGUUCCGGUAGGCCGCCCAAUCUCGAAUGUGCGAAUAUAUUUGUUGGAUACAUAUGGGCAAUUAGUACCGAAAGGGGCCGUUGGAGAAAUAUACAUCGGUGGUGACGGACUUUCAUGCGGCUACCUGAAUCUCCCGGACCUCACUGCUGAUCGUUUCCUCCCAGAUCCUUACUCAAAUAAACCCAAAGCUCGAAUGUAUAAAACGGGUGAUUGGGCCCGAUAUUUGCCUGACGGAAAUCUCAUGAUACUCGGUCGUAAUGACAAACAGGUCAAAAUACGUGGUUUUCGUAUCGAGCUGGGUGAAAUCGAAGUUGUAUUAAUGGAGCAUCCAAGUGUACAACAAACAGUGGUCAUCGCGUUUGGAGAUACUGAAAAGCAAUUGGUCGCUUACGUAGUGGUCACGCACGAAGUUUCCGCAAAAGAACUCCAUGAAUUCCUCACUGCAAAACUACCGGAUUACAUGAUUCCAAGCGCAUUUGUACGACUCGACAAAUUCCCAUUGACAAUCACUGGCAAGCUCGAUAACCGAGCUCUGCCCACACCAGAUGAUAGGGCAUUUGCUCAUUCAUUUUACGAGGCCCCGGAAGGUGCAAUAGAGACAGCCCUGGCCGAUAUGUGGUGUGAUCUCCUCGGUGUUGCACGAGUAAGUCGUCAUGAUUCCUUUUUCUUUCUUGGCGGCCAUUCUUUGCUGGCAGUGCGUCUUAACAUGCGAAUUGCUCGUCUCGGAAUUGAAAUGCCACUGGAUAUCUUGUUCGCUAACCCGACUUUGAUUAGAAUGGCUGAAGCGAUUCAGAGUCGGCAGAAUGUAGGCUCUGCGCUGCGCCCGUCUAUUACUGUUAUACCCCGAACUAAGGCCUUACCUUUGUCGUUCGCUCAACAACGUCUAUGGUUUCUCACUCGGCUUGAAGGUGUAAGUGAAGCUUAUCAUGUUCCACUUUUGUUGCGCCUCGAAGGAGCGCUCGAUAUGUGCGCACUCCAGCAGGCGCUAAAUACCAUCUGGGAUCGUCACGAAGCAUUGCGGUCUGUAUUUGUGAGUGUUGACGGGCAACCGAGGGUUCAUAUACUUGACUCCGGACAGGGUAUUGCAUUAAGCGUGGUAGAGCUAAAGGAUCAAACCCAACUUGUUGAAGUUUGUAAUGAAGCAAUACGAUCUCCAUUCAAUCUGACUAACGGACCGCUCAUUCGCGCGUUACUCAUACGGUUACCUGACGAGUCCCAUGUACUUUCACUGACCCAACAUCAUAUCGUUUCUGACGGUUGGUCAUUUGACGUACUUUUACAUGAACUUCAGGUACUAUAUCGAGCUUAUGAAAAUGACUUAUUGAAUCCUUUGCUUCCGCUUACGGUCCAAUAUCCGGAUUAUGCCUUUUGGCAACGUCAAUGGUUGACGGGUGAGCGGCUGCAACAGCAAAGUGAUUACUGGAAAAGUGCUCUGGAGGAUGCUCCGGUUCGAUUGAAUCUUCCCACUGACCGACUCCGUCCGGAUCAGCAGUCGUUCGCUGGAGAUGUUGUACCUAUUGAGUUGGAUGACGAACUAACAGUGAGACUCAGAGACAUGAAUCAGCUUUAUGGUACGACAAUGUUUAUGACGCUAUUAAGCGCAUGGGCAGCAGUACUUUCACGGCUAUCGGCUCAAGAUCAAAUUGUUAUCGGAGCUCCUAGUGCUAAUCGGGGGCAGCAUGAAAUUGAGCGUUUAAUAGGAUUCUUUGUGAACACAUUGGCUAUGCGAAUUGAUUUGCGCGGAGAGCCAAGUGUAGCAGAAUUACUCUCGCGGGUACAGACGACUGUGGUUGAUGCUCAGGCUAACCAAGAUUUGCCUUUCGAACAAGUAGUAGAAAUCGUUCAACCACCUAGACGAUUGGAUUGCACACCGAUAUUCCAAGUUAUAUUUGCAUGGCAAAAUCACAUUCCGGUAAAAGCACGAUGGUCAAAUCUUAAUGUUGAAAUCAUAAACUCUCCUUAUGUGGUCGCUAAAUUCGAUCUAGAAUUAAAUCUAACGGAAAUCGACAACAAAAUUGUAGGUGGUCUGGUGUAUUCGACGGCAUUGUUCGAUAAAGAUAGCGUUGAGCGUCAAGCGAACUAUUUGAAAACAUUCCUGAAGACAAUGGUGUUGGACGCAUUAAAUCCGAUCAACAAGAUCGAUAUUCUUGACUUUUCUGAGCGAGAACUAUUGUUGCAGACGUGGAACGAUACACGAACAAGUUAUCCAGACCAAUUACGUGUAAAUCGAAUUUUUGAACAGCAAGCUUUGCAAACACCAGACGCGACAGCUAUAAUUUUCGAUCAACGAGAGAUCAGUUAUGCAGACUUAAACAUUUACGCGGAUUCACUGGCCCACCACCUCCUGAAGCACGGCGUUAUGCCGCACGAUCACGUUGUUAUAUUAUUCGAUCGAUCGGAAGAGUUGAUCAUAGCCCAGUUGGCGAUUCUCAAGGCCAAUGCUAUCUAUGUACCGCUCGAUCCUCAUGCUCCCUCCGAACGUCACACAUGGAUAAUUAAUGACUGUUCAGCGCGUUUAUUAAUAACGAAUAUGAAUGAUACCACCUUGGAUAUAGCAACGAUCGAUUUAAACAAAACAGAAUUGAAAGCAAUGACACCGUUGAAUUCUCUCACGGCAGGAUCCAGCCUCGAUGUGGCCUAUGUCAUGUACACUUCUGGUUCAACUGGGACCCCGAAAGGUGUCUUGGUCACGCAUAAAGGCAUAUCCCGACUUAUUAUAAACAACGGCUAUGCGAAAAUUGAAAACGGAGAUAGAAUUGGCUGCGUCGCUAACACCGCAUUCGAUGCAAGUACGUUCGAGAUUUGGGGAGCACUUCUUUCAGGUGCAACUCUCGUUAUCCUUGACCGCGAAACCGUUCUCAAUGUGGAUAAAUUUUGCUAUGCAAUAAAAUCGAAACGCGUCAACAUUCUUUUACUUACUCCAAGUCUUUUCAACCAGAUUACGAGCUCGCAUCCAGAUGCGUUCUCAAAUCUAGAUACCCUUCUUGUUGGUGCUGAUGUUUUGGAUGCACAUUUGGUCAAUGCUGUUUUAUCUACCGCACCUCCUAAAAACCUGAUCAAUGCAUACGGACCAACAGAAUCAACAACGAUAGCAACGACUUUUCAAAUAAAAAGUGUUAUUGAUGAACGGGGUUCUGUUCCAAUCGGUCGGCCUAUUUCCAACACACGAAUUUAUUUAUUGGAUGAUCAUGGGCAGCCCGUGCCAUUAGGAUCCGUUGGUGAAAUCUAUAUCGGUGGUGAUGGCAUUGCUCGUGGCUAUCUCAAUCUUGAGGAGCUCACUGAAAAACGUUUCCUUUCAGAUCCAUUUGUAAACAAACCGAAUUGUCGGAUGUAUAAAACUGGCGACUUGGCUCGUUAUCAGUGCGAUGGAAAUUUAAUGUUUCUCGGUCGCAAUGAUCACCAAGUGAAAAUUCGCGGUUUUCGUCUUGAGCUGGGCGAGAUCGAGGCGAGAUUGAACGCACAUUCAACCGUUCAUGAAGCAGUUGUAAUCGCCAACGAUGACCCAGAAAAGUCUUUGUUCGCGUAUGUCAUUGCCGAUGAAGUUAACCCUGGCGCGCUGCGAGAAUAUUUAAAAAUAUUUCUACCCGAUUAUAUGGUGCCAACAGCGUUUGUACGACUUGAUAAAAUGCCGCUAACGUCCAAUGGCAAAAUCGAUCGAAGAGCUCUACCUACUCCUGGUCCUGAUGCAUAUGUUCAUGCCUCCUACGAAGCACCGAUUGGGGCAUUAGAAAGUUCUAUUGUUGAGAUUUGGAGUGAACUUCUUGGCAUUGAAAGGAUCAGUCGCCAUGACUCAUUUUUUGCUCUCGGUGGCCAUUCUUUACUCGCCGUACAACUCUGCAGUCGUAUUGCAUCUCGACUGAGCACCGAUUUAUCUUUAGCCACACUUUUCACAACCCCCACUUUGUCAGCUCUAGCCGCAGUGAUUGAAUCACGGCGAAACUCUUCUGUGGAUCCUAUCAUCAGACCGAUACAGCGUGUAGAUGAUAUACCGCUGUCGUUCGCUCAGCAACGACUAUGGUUUCUCGCUCAACAUGCUGGAGCUAGCCAUGCCUAUCAUAUCCCUCUAGUAUUCUGUUUAGAAGGAACACUAGAUGAAGGUGCUUUGCAGCAAGCAUUAAACGCCCUUUGGGCUCGUCAUGAAGCACUGCGCUCAGUUUUUGUCAGCGUGGGCGGUCAACCCAAGAUUCACUUGCUUAAUCCGCAACAGGGCAUUCCACUACAGACAGCGAAUUGCAAAGGUGCUACGCAAUUCGAAACUCUAUGCAUACAGGAAGCUCAAUAUGAAUUUGAUUUGGAAAGUGGACCUCUUAUCAGGGCGAAGCUCAUCCGGCUUAGCGAUGACGUCCAUAAACUUUUGAUCACUCAGCAUCAUAUCGUUUCUGAUGGUUGGUCCAUAGGGGUGCUCACGGAAGAACUCAAGUGCUUGUACAAGUCUUACCGAUAUCAUCAGACUAAUUCGCUGUCCCCACUCACGAUUCAGUAUCCUGACUAUGCUGCCUGGCAACGUGAAUGGCUGAACGAUGAACGACUGCGAAGGCAGCGUAACUACUGGCGAACCGCAUUGGCGGAUGCUCCCGUAUGGUUGAAUCUGCCGACUGACGAAUCUCGGCCAACUGUACAAUCAUUUGCCGGAGAUUAUGUGCCAAUCGAACUAGACUUUGAUUUGACAUUACAUCUAAAGCGCUUAAGUCAACAAAACGAUGUAACUCUAUUCAUGACACUGCUAAGUGCAUGGGCUGCCGUGCUCUCUCGAUUGUCCGGACAAGAUGACAUUAUUAUAGGAGUGCCUAACGCGAAUCGAGGACAUCUUCAAGUUGAGUCUUUGAUCGGAUUUUUCGUAAAUAUGCAGGCUAUCCGUGUGGAUCUUCGCGAUCAGCCAAGUAUCAAGGAACUGCUAAUGAGGGUGAAGACUGCGACUGUCCAGGCAUUUGAUCAUCAAGAUUUACCAUUCGAGGAAGUCGUAGAGAUUGUAAAGCCCCCCCGACGGUUGGACUCUACUCCAAUUUUUCAGGUAUUGUUUGCAUGGCAAAAUGAAGAAAAACGUACGUGGACAUGGCCGGACCUCGAUGUUACUUUGGAAAAAUCUACUUAUGACGUCGUGAAGUUUGAUCUUGAGCUGAGUCUAACGGAAACAAACGAUCGAAUCGUAGGCACACUGGCUUUUUCUACUGCGUUAUUUAACAAAAAGACUAUAGAACGACAAGCCAAGUAUUUCCGCACGAUGCUGAAAGUAUUCUCAACAAACGUGAAUGAGAAUAGUCCUGUAGCUAUGAUAGAGAUUCUUGAUUCUAUUGAACGUAAACUCUUAAUAAUGGAUUGGAACAAUACCGAGAUGAUGUAUUGCAAGGAUCAUUGCAUACACCAGCUUUUCGAACGACAGGUCGAACGCACCCCAAACGCUACGGCCAUUUUCUUCGAAGGUGAAACAUUAAGUUAUUCUCAGUUGAAUUCACGAGCUAACAAACUAGCUCAUCGGCUACUCGAACAUCAAGUGAAGCCAGAGUCGCGAAUAGCUAUUUGCCUGGAACGUUCUCCGACGUUAAUCGUUGGUUUUUUAGCCAUUUUGAAAGCGGGUGCGACCUACGUACCUCUUGAUCCCACUUAUAAGAGCAAACGCUUAACUGAUAUGCUCAUUGAUGCUGAUCCAAUAAUUGUAUUGGCAGAUGAUACAGGACGUUCCGUCUUGGGCGAAUCAGUCCUCUCACGAAUCGUCAUUGACCCAAACGGAACGUUCACCCAUUACAGUGAAGCUAACCCAACCGUCCCUGGACUUACCUCCCGUCAUCUCGCAUAUAUCAUUUAUACUUCUGGUUCUACUGGGGUACCCAAAGGAGUUAUGGUUGAACAUUGGAGCCUAGUGAAUUUGGCGGAAGAUCUAGUCGUACGUUUCAAGUCUUGCUCUUCUAGCCGACUACUGCUGUUUGCAUCUUGCGGCUUCGAUGCUCAUUUAUUCGAAAUCGUGAUGGCUUGCAACAGCGGUGCAAGUAUAUAUUUAUUGCCAGACAUCAUACGCUGGGAUGAAGCACGACUAUUGACAUACGUACAAGAGAACGCUAUCACUCACGCAGCUCUACCACCAUCCGUUAUUCUUGCCUGGAAAGAUAAAUUGCAAAAUGAUACCUCCAAGACGGUUAUUUUAGAGGGUGAAAUGCUUUCAACCUUAUCAUUUCUGAAGCUCCUUGAUGUAAGAAACAUUUACAAUGGUUACGGUCUCACCGAAAUCACUGUCUGUUCCAUACUAUGGCAGUGCCAUUCACGUUACACCGGGCAAAUAGCUCCGAUUGGCCGCCCGAUAUCGAAUACAAAAAUAUAUAUUCUAGAUUCGUAUCGUCAACUCGUACCAGUUGGAGCGGUAGGAGAACUUUAUAUUGGCGGUGAUGGCGUUGCCCGUGGGUAUCUAAAUCGCCCUGAUCUGACUGCCGAGCUGUUUUUUCAAGAUCCGUUCAGUUGUGACCCGAACGCUCGGAUGUACAAAACUGGGGAUUUAGCCUAUUAUCUUCCCGAUGGAAACUUAAUGUGCCUUGGUCGGAAGGAUCAUCAGAUUAAAAUACGCGGUGUUCGAAUCGAACUCGGUGAGAUUGAGACGAAACUCGUGGAACAUCCGGCUGUACGUGAAGCAUUAGUGAUCUCAAUCGACGAACCAAGCAAACGACUCGCAGCUUACGUCACUGCUGAUGAGAUAACGCCGAUUGCAUUGCGGGAAUAUUUGAGCAUUCAUUUGCCCGAUUUUAUGAUUCCCACUUAUUUCAUCAAACUUUCAGUUUUCCCUGUAACAUCGUCGGGUAAACUCGAUCGACACGCUCUGCCCUUGCCUGAUGAUCAUGCACUUCCCCAUGUCGUCUACGAAGAACCCAUUGGAAGGUUUGAAAUUAUUUUGGCAAAUAUCUGGCGGGAAGUACUCGGCGUACAAACAAUCAGCAGAUAUGAUUCCUUCUUUGCCCUUGGUGGCUAUUCUCUACUUGCGGUUAAAGCUAUCGCACGACUCCGCGCUCAAGGUUUGAGCUUUACCGUGCGUGAUUUGUUUCAAACUCCGGUUUUGGCUACACUUGCUGCUUCCCUCAAACAACAGACGAAUCAUUCAAUACCGCCGAAUGUAAUAACGGAAAAGACCGAAACCGUGACACCUGAAAUACUUCCGUUAAUCGACGUCACCCAAGAUGAUAUUAACCGUAUCAUCUCAUACAUACCUGGUGGCAUUGCCAAUCUUCAGGAUAUAUAUGCUCUAUCGCCACUUCAAGAUGGCAUUCUUUUCCAUCACCUGCUGACCACCGACUGCGAUCCAUAUCUCGCUUCCACUCAAAUAGUUUUCAAGGAGCGUGUUACACUUGAUCGCUACCUGAGUGCGGCCCAGCAGGUCGUAAACCGACAUGACAUUCUACGUACAGCGUUUAUUUGGCAAGGGUUAUCAGUUCCAGCUCAAGUCGUUUGGCGUGACGCUCCUCUCACGAUUACAGAGCUGGUGCUUGAUCGAAACGAUGGAUCGAUUUCUGAACAACUCAAUCGCCGCUUUAUCCCAGGCCAAUAUAAGAUGGAUUUGGCUCAACCACCUUUAAUCCGAGCCUUCAUUACAUAUGAUGAAAUUGAAAAUCGUUGGAUUCUGCUAUUCGUAUUUCAUCACUUGAUAGGUGAUCACAUGACAUUGGAUAUUAUGCGAGGCGAAAUACAAACAUUUCUCGAUGGUCUCGGUAAUACUCUUCCACCGGCCGAACCCUUCCGAAAUCUUAUUGCACAAACUCGUUCAAGUAAUAACGAUGUAAUUCACGAAAAAUUUUUCAAGCAAAUGCUAGCCUCGGUUACAGAGCCAACACUUCCAUAUGGUCUUACCGAUUUACAACAAAAUGGUUUACAAAUUACUGCCUCACAUCGAAUGUUACCAACCGAACUAGAGCACAAGUUGCGCACUCAGGCCAAAUACUUGAACGUAAGCCUGGCGAGCCUGUGUCAUGUGGCUUACGGACAAGUUUUGUCACGAAUCAGCGGCCGAUCCCCAGUUGUAUUUAAUACUGUACUAUCUGGGCGUAUGCAGGCAAACACGAGGUUCGAUCGGGCAAUGGGACUAUUCAUCAACACUUUGCCAAUUCGAGUAGAUUUGGAUGAAACCGACGUGACGCAAACUAUCCAAUCUACACAUCUCAGAUUAGCUGAAUUGUUAGAACAUGAGCACGCAUCAUUAGUGUUAGCGCAGCGGUGCAGUGGAGUCGUCGCUGGCACGCCGUUAACAAAUGCACUACUGAACUAUCGUCAUCAUAUACUUAACACGAAAGUUGAUUCCGGAGACGCUGCAUUCAUUGAUGCUCAGGAACGCUCUAACUACCCGCUUACAUUAUCAGUUGAGGAUUUCGGUACAGCACUCGGAGUAACAGCUCAAGUUCAACUUCCAGUUCAGCCCGAACGCAUCUGUGGGUACAUGGAGCAAGUACUCAUUAGUCUGGCCGAGGCUCUCGAAUUCACGCCCAAUCUCGCAAUUCAAAAGCUUGAAAUUAUUCCUCAGGAUGAGCGUGACCUUCUUCUGGAAACUUGGAACGAAACUCAAACGCCUUAUGCGGAUCAGCACUGCAUUCAUCAACUGUUCGAGGAGCAGGUUAAACACACACCUACGGGAUCAGCCAUUAUUUUCGGAAGUCAUCAACUUUCUUAUGCGGAAGUGAACCUUCGAGCGAAUCAACUCGCAUAUCAGCUGGUAAAGUAUGGUAUAAAACGGAAUUCCCUCGUAGCGAUAUGCGUUGACCGUUCGCCGGCGAUGAUCGUAGGUCUCUUAUCGAUCUUGAAAGCAGGCGCUGCGUGUGUUCCACUAGAACCAAACGACCCAGGUGAACGACUCGUACAGAUUCUUGCCGAUGCACAACCUACAAUUGUAUUAACAGACACAGUUGGACGGAAAAUAUUGGCUCAUGCGUUGGACGCGCGAACCGUACUUAAUCCCAAUGAUGAUUUCGAAGAGCCCGAGGUCAAUUUAACCGUAUCCGGUUUGACCUCACGACAUCUGGCGUAUGUAAUGUUCACUUCCGGUUCCACAGGGUUGCCCAAAGGCGUUGAGAUCGAACAUCAAGGACUCACUAAUCGUAUCCAAUGGAUGCAACGCGCUUUCCCUUUGACAUUACAAGAUCGCGUCCUCCAAAAAACUCCUAUCACCUUCGACGUUGCGUUCGCCGAAAUUUUUUGGACACUCAAUAGCGGUGCAACCAUGAUCAUUGCUGCACCCGGAGUCCAUCGAGAUUUGGCUGCCCUGGCCCAAAUCAUAGCAGACGAACGAGUAACUGCUCUACACUUUGUGCCGUCAAUGUUGAAUGCAAUGCUCAAAGAAAGAUCUUUGGAUGUCUGUAAGGAUUUGAGACUCAUAUGUUGCAGUGGUGAAGAACUUGCUCCCGUUACGAUUAAACAUUGCCAAGAUCAACUUCCUCACGUUCGAGUGGUCAAUCUUUACGGUCCAACCGAAGCUACCAUCGAUGUAAUACAUUGGAGUUGUCCGCCACAUUUUAUCGACAACUACGUACCAAUUGGUCGACCGAUAUCAAACACCAAAAUAUAUUUGUUGGAUCAACACGAGCAACUUGUACCAUUGGGAGCUAUGGGCGAAAUUUGUAUAGCGGGUGUCGGAGUGGCUCGUGGUUACCUGAAACGUGCUGAACUUUCUGCGGAAAAAUUCUGCCUCGAUCCGUUCGCCCAAGAUCCAAGCACCCGGAUGUAUAAAACUGGUGAUCUGGCUCGUUACCUACCGGAUGGAAACUUGGUAUUCUGUGGACGUACUGACCGCCAAAUAAAAAUUCGUGGCAUUCGCAUUGAACCUGGAGAAAUCGAGGCCAAACUCGUAAUGUAUGCUCCAAUACGCGAAGCGGUAGUAGUUGCACAAAAAGAUCCAGAACAGCGUUUAAUCGCGUAUGUAGUUGCCGAUGAGAUCAUCAACCCUACUGAGUUAUACGAGUACUUGGGACAUCAUCUACCCCAUUACAUGAUUCCAAAUGUUAUCAAGAAAAUUGACGCUUUACCUCUUAUGCCGAAUGGCAAGCUAGAUUAUCGCGCUUUACCUGCUCCAGAUACUGAUGUAUCCGAUCAUACUGCUUUUGAGGCGCCUGUCGACCCCAUCGAAACAAUGCUGGCUGAAGUUUGGCGCGAAACGUUGAAUGUCGAACAAAUCAGCCGGUACGACUCAUUCUUUGCUCUCGGUGGGCAUUCCUUGCUUGCUGUUCAAAUAAUUCAGCGACUACGAAAACGCGGCUGGAAUUUGGAAAUUCGCGAUAUCUUCCGAACUCCUAUCCUAGCUACAUUAGCCAGGACUCUCACACGAUCCGAUAGAGCUUUAAUACCGUCAUGUCGAAUAGAACCCGAAGCCGCUUCUAUAACUCCGGACCUACUGCCAUUAAUAAAUCUUACGCAGAGUGAUAUCAAUAAAAUAAUUGCACUCGUACCUGAUGGAAUCGCUAACAUUCAAGAUAUCUAUUCAUUAUCUCCGCUGCAAGAAGGCAUUCUUUUCCAUCAUUUACUAUCCACUAAUGGCGAUCUGUAUUUAAUAUCCAGCCAGAUGGCUUUCUCCGAGCGUGUCACAUUGAAUCGUUACGUAGAUGCUUUUCAACAAGUUGUCAACCGCAAUGACAUUCUCCGCACAGCCUUCGUGUGGGAAGGAAUAUCUACUCCAGCUCAAGUAGUUUUUCGAUACGUGACACUAUCGGUUACUGAAUUAACGCUCGAUGCGAAAAACGGACCAAUUGCUGAACAAUUGAGGCAACGAUUCGAUCCUCGUCAAUAUCGGAUAAACUUGAACCACGCACCACUCAUCAAAUUCGUAAUCACUGAAGACAAAAGUAAGAACCGUUGGAUUUUACUGAUUAUUUUCCAUCACUUGAUCGGAGAUCAUACCACAUUCGAUCUGAUGCAUGAAGAGAUACAAGCUUUUCUCGAACAUCGAGAAGAUACACUACCUCCGGUCGAGCCAUUUCGAAAUUUCAUUGCGCAAACUCGGUUAGGAAGUAACUGCGAGUUUCACAAACUUUAUUUCCACCGGUUGUUGGCUGAUAUUACGGAACCGACUUUACCGUUUGGAUUAGCAAAUGUUCGAAAUGGCGGACACAUUGCAGAAGCUCAUCGGAUGCUGUCAACAGAAUUGAAUCAACAACUCCGUGCACAGGCGGCCCGUUUGAAUGUAAGCCUAGCGUGUUUAUGUUACGUAGCGUGGGCACAAGUCCUUUCACGCACUAGCGGUCAAACGCGAGUAGUGUUUGUGACGGUACUAUUCGGGCGUUUGGGGACUGGUAAGGGUUCAGAACGUUCAAUGGGUUUGUUCAUCAAUACCCUACCAUUCCGAGUCGACUUGGAAAAAGACAAUGUUGUAGAAAUUGUACGAAAUACGCAUCUCCGGAUGGCUGAACUGCUAGAACAUGAGCAUGCUUCGUUAGCUCUCGCGCAACAAUGUAGCGGAGUGCCAACCGGGAUACCACUAACGAGUGCGCUGUUUAACUACCGUCAUAAUACUGAAAGGAAAAACAUACUUGGCGUAGAUAUCGAGGUUCUCGAUGCUCAAGAGAGUACCAAUUAUCCUUUCACAGUGUCCAUGGAAGAUUUUUCAACGUCGCUCGGAGUGACCGCACAAGUCCAACUACCACUUGAGCCUGAACGUAUCUGUGGAUAUAUGGAACAAGCACUCAUCAGUCUUGCCGAAGCUCUCCAACACACACCGAAUUUAGCAAUUCGGAAGUUGGAAAUUAUGCCACAGAGUGAGCGUGAACUUUUGCUUCGUACGUGGAACGCUACGGAAACCUCAUAUUCGGAAGGAGCGUGUAUACAUCAUUUGUUUGAGCAACAAGUGGAUCGCAUGCCAAAUGCUACAGCUAUCGUUUGUGGUGACGUUGUAUUCAGUUACGAACAGUUGAACAUGAGAGCUAACAAAUUGUGUAAGCGAUUAAUUGAACUUGAUGUGAAACUGAGCGGACGAGUAGCAAUAUGCAUGGAGCGAUCACCGGCCAUGAUUGUAAGUAUUUUAGCCGUCUUGAAAGCGGGUGCGUCUUACGUACCACUCGAUUUGAGUUAUCCGUAUGAGCGGCUUGCGAAUAUUUUAAACGAUGCCGAUCCAAUCAUCAUUCUGGCCGAUGGUGUUGGGCGCAAGACAAUGGCAGAUGCUGUGCGUGGACGUUCUGUUCUCGAUCCCAAUCCAAAAUUCUCUAAACCAGAAAGCAAUCCAGUAAUUCCUGAUUUGACUUCACGCCAUCUAGCCUAUAUUAUCUACACUUCUGGUUCGACCGGUAGGCCAAAAGGAGUAAUGAUAGAGCAUCGAUCGAUUGUUAACUAUUCUUUAUAUGCUAUCCAACGUUACGAAAGCUCUCAGGGUGAAGGGUCUAUAAUGGCAUCAUCCGUUGCUUUUGACUUGACUCUCACUGCUAUUUUUCCCACUUUGUUAAGUGGUCGAAUAUUGCAUCUGCCCCUGAGUGAUACAGAUCCUACUGCUUGGUAUCAAACUAUUCUCAAUUCUAACAAAUUAGCUCCAGUGAAGGUUACUCCUUCUCAUCUUGCGCUGUUGCAAGAAGUGUCGAGUAUUGAAAAUACAGGACAGCAUAUCCACACAUUGGUAUUAGGGGGUGAAGUUCCAAAUAACACAGUGCUCGAACGCUGGCUUGAGUAUUCUCCAAAAACACGUAUUUUUAACGAGUACGGACCUACGGAAACCACUGUCGGCUGUGUGGUCCACGAAAUCGAACAUCCAAUCACGAAAAAUAGUUCGAUACCCAUAGGCCGUCCAAUAGCAAAUACAAAAAUCUAUUUGAUUGAUCAAUACGAUCAGCUGGUACCUUUGGGAGCGGAUGGUGAGAUUUGUAUUGGAGGUCACGGAGUAGCUCGUGGAUACAUAAAUCUUCCUGAUCUUUCCGCCGAGCGGUUCGUCCCCGAUCCAUUCGUCGAUGACCGUGAUGCUCGAAUGUACAAAACAGGUGAUUUGGCACGUUAUCUAUCGGACGGGAAUCUUGUAUUCCUCGGUCGAAACGAUAAACAGAUAAAAAUACGCGGCUUCCGCACAGAACCUGGCGAAAUUGAAUCAAGAUUAGCUGAAUAUCCAUCUGUCCAUGAAUCUGUAGUGUUAGCAGUCGGAGAUCCUGACGCAUCCUUAGUGGCUUAUAUUAUCGCUGAUGAAAUCGAACCUGACAAAUUAAGACAACACUUGCGUAAUUACCUACCUGAAUAUAUGGUUCCCAUUGACUUUAUAAAAAUCGACUCUUUCCCACUCACACCAAACGGCAAACUAGACCACCAAGCAUUGUCGAUGCUAGUUGAUACUGCGUGCCGAAAUUACCCUUUUCAAGCGCCCGUUGGACCCGUCGAAGUCGCUAUGGCCGAAAUUUGGUGUGAAGUACUCGGUGUUGAAAAAGUCAGUCGUCGCGACUCAUUUUUCGCUCUAGGCGGUCACUCGAUACUUGCCAUCAAAAUGAUUCAACGUGCGUUGAGUUGCAGUUUACCCUGUUCCCUCAAUGAACUUUUUGAACAUCCGAUAUUAGCUGAUUUCGCUUGUCGGAUAACAUCAUCGUCCAUAGGCGAUGAACGUCCGCGAGCUAUUCCAGUCCGUUCUACGGGAUCGCAACUGCCUCUAUUUUUCGUGCCCACCGUAUUAGGAGAUCAUUCUUACGCUUUUUCGCUCGCUCGUCAUAUUCACACAAAGUAUCCAGUCUAUGCAUUACCUUGGCCAUGCAAUGGUGAAGCGCUCUCAUGCUCUAUUCAAGUGCUGACCGAAAAAAUGAUAACUCUUAUGAAAAGUGUACAACCGAAAGGCCCUUAUCGUAUAGCUGGCUAUUCUGCGGGCGGAGUGCUGGCUUAUGCAAUUGCAGAAUUCUUGCUGGGUAUCGAUGAAACCGUGGAGUUUGUUGGAUUGAUCGACGUAGCCCCUCCCCAUUCAUUACGAAAUCUAUCGACCACUCACCUCUUUUAUGAUUAUCUCGCUAUGCACACAGAUCAGCCAAUUUCUAACGAAAUUCUUGACCUUUGUAAAAAAUCGAACGCGGACGAUUUCUAUAAUUUGAUUUGCACCCCUGAAAAAUUGCACCUAUUAGGCAUAAAUCUUCCCCAUGAUUUUGUUAUGUCAGCGUGGAAACGUCUCAACUCUUUCGCAGAAACUAUAAGUUCUUACGAGCCUCUUUUUUCCCCUUUAACUAUAUAUGAAUUUUAUUCAACCGAAGUAUAUCAUCCGCAAAGUGGGGUUGAUGCAAGUCACGACAUCAUAUCAAAAGACAGGGUAAUCGAUGAGUGGGCUGAGAUCGGCUCUGAUACCUCUAUUCAUUUCAUACCAGUCCCCGGAAACCACUGGACAAUAAUGACAGAAGUUCUGAAUCGAAAAGAGUUGGGCAAAGCGUUUAAUGAAGUUUUAGAAACAUUCUCCGACGGCUCUACUUGACUAUCGACUCCCUGAUUUCAAUCCCCAACUUCCGUGUAAUUGACCCAAUUAACAAAAGCGCACUAUGACGUUUCCAUAACAUAACAUAAUUCACGCGCAAAAUUUUAAAAUUAAAUGUAUUGAUGACAAAAACACGGUAGGCAUGUAGAAUUGAAAUCCGGGCGACGGUGAUACGUGGCCGGAGUCCCCCAAGAAGUCUCCUUUUUCCGAAGUCGCAGCUAUUCGAAGGUGCCGAUUAUAGUUUUCAAUGUAAUUACUAAUGAAAGUUAAGAUACAAGAUGACAGUUGUAGUAAGUCAAAAUGAAAUUAGAAUACGACGAAUAAAUGUAAAGAACUCUCCGUGGUGACACAUUCUAGGAAAAACGCACUGGUUACACGGGGUCGAAAUACCCCAGCAAUGUUUAAACGCUUGCCGCCUUGGCCAGUAUCGUUCCAAACGACAUGUAAAAGUUCAGGACAUUCCUUUGAACCUUUCCGAAUAAGAAUAUCAUGGGAAAACAUUUUUAUCCAAUUUUCAAACUGUCAAAACUCUGGCAAUGAUUUAAGCACAGUUUCCUCGGGCGCCAAUAAUUCAGAAAUUCUACAUUAAAGUUGCUCUUUGGGUCAUUUUGACCCCUGGUGACCACGGAGUGUUAAUAGAAAGAGAAUAAUCCAAUAUUGUAAUCGUAAAAAAAUAGCUUACAAUGAAGAGGAUUAAUCAUGAGUAUUUCAGGAAACGAAAAAAUAGUAUACCAAAUAAAUUAAUUUAUAUUCAAUUUUACCUCCUAAGAUCAAUUGACAAGCAUGCGGUUUGAAGUAGUCUAAUUUCACUCCCGUGGAGUACAUACUAUUUUUAAAUUAUUGCCGUAAUUUAAUAAACUUGCAAUUUUUACUGAAAACAUUGGCAUAAUUACUCUGACAGUUUUCGGAAAAAAAAAAAAAACAACAAUCUAGACAACUUUUUUCACUUCCAUUUAGCUCUCCACUUCCAUACUUGCGAUUCGAUUGACUGUAUCGAGUGAAAUUUUUUUUUUUUUCAUAAUAAAUUUAUUUAUAAUUGUCUCUUCAAAUAAGGCGUCACCAAAACCGUAGAUAAUUUUCAAUAAAAAAAAAAAACAGCUGUUAUUUUGCGUUGUUGAAUUCACAACAAGAUGUACCAAUACAGGCAACCAUCAACUAUGACGAAAGUUUAAAAAACAUCGUUUGUUAAUAGAUACACGAAAUAUACUUUCUUGAUUAAAAUAUAUUCAACGGAGUUGUAGAAAUAAAUUGUGAAAUUUUUUUUCCGUUUAGUAUUGUCAUACGACUGUUAUAAUUCGAUAUAUUAUUUAAAAAAUGUCUGAAAUGACAGAAUAAUUCGUCAAUCUUAUAUGCCAUACAAGAUAGAUUUCAAGGUCGUCAAUUAUAUCAUAUUUUUGUAAUGUUAUCUUCGAUGUAAUAAAACUUUAUUUUGUACGGGGAACUACGACAGCAAACUCUA